CGUGAGCCCAGUGCCAAAGCAGAAGUCGAGGCUUAACGCCAUAUUGCAAAUCUUGAGAUGUUGGGUUCAGACAAAUUCUCAUGUUUCUCUGAUCAGCACAGAGCUAGAUCUCUGAGUCCUACCGACAGGAAGGAUAAGAAAAACCACACGAACAAGCUUCGAGAGCUGGCUUUGCUGAUCCCUGUGACCAUGAAAACCAGAGACAAGAAGUACACCAAGAAGGAGAUCCUGCUGCGUGUCCUGCACUACAUCCAGUACCUCCAGAGAAACAUUGACAUGACCAAGGCCUUGCUCAAGCUCCACAGCAGCAAUGGCAAAGGUAGAUUUGUGGGGCCAGGUUCGAACCCAUCUGUUGGCCAGACACAGCAGCAACACUCCACUCCCUCCAGCUCUCAGAAGCCAUGCCUUUGGAGCACCUCUUCAAAACCUCGAAAGAAGAAGUUUACCCGAGUGUCAGAGCAUCCAUCCUGGCCCUAUAAUCCUCGACGCUCUCUAGCUCUGGACCAGGCUGAAAAUCCUAUCACCAUACAUCCAGGCCUAAAGGAAGAAAAUGAGGAAUGUGCCACCUAUCCAGGAGUCCUCAGCCCUAGCACCUACCCCACAACUGAACCAUCUGUGUCUGAAGGCGAUGGACAAGGGGCCCAGUUGGUGUUCUUGGACAUGGCUCAGAACAUCAUUGCCUAUGACAUCCCAAGUGAGCAUGCUGUAGAAGUCCAGGGUGGAGAGCCCAAUGCUGACAUCAAGGUUCAGAGGUCCUAUUUCCUCACCAGGGCACAGCCCUGUGUCAGGCAGAAGCUAUUCUUGUGUACUUCCAGUGAGGCAGACAAAGAAGCCCCAGACUCUGACCCCUGGCUUCCUGUUUGGACCUCCGAGGACAGCCCCAAUGGGAGCCCACUGGCUUUGGGGUCUUCCCAGAUCAAUACUUGGCAUGUGGCAAACUACCUGAAUGAGAUCUUAGGAGUCAGCUCUUCCCUCUUCAGCUCCCCAAGCAAAAUCCUGCCGGAUCAUGUCCUAGAAGAUGACACCUACUUUCUGACUGAAGGUCUCUUGGAGUCUUCACCUGCUGCCUGUGAAGUGGAGGGCCCACAAGAGAAGGAAGUAUCCUCUGAAGGCCCCACAGGUCCACCUAACUUCCAGUCCUCUGUCUCACUGGACCACUGCUACCCGUCGCUGAGUGAGAAUGUCAAGGUGCUGUCUAACUGUGGCUCCAGCUCAGAGUCCACAGACACAGAGUCUCUGUGGGGACAGGAGGAGGUGAGAGGGGUGGCCACCUACCCAAGGAGGACAGGGGUCUUCUCCUUUGCUCAGCCUUCUGUCCUGCAGCAGGCCAACCCUGAGGGAUUGCAGACCUCAAGUGAUGAGGACAGAGACUACACAUGGACACCUACCGGGCAGUCUUCUGGCCUGCCGGUAGCCAGCAAGAAGAUCAAGAAGGUCCAGGCAAGCCAGGGCCCCGUAAAGCCCAAAGACAGCAGAAAAGCCUGCCCUGGCCAGGUGAAGAAAAAGUGUGUUAAUGGCUUCAUCAUGUUCUGCAGGAUGAACCGGAAGCAGUACAUCCGAGCCUGUCCUGGAACUGCAUCCACAGCUGCCACCAAGGAUCUGGCUCAACUGUGGCGAGGGAUGACUGUGGAGGAAAAGAAACCAUACUGCACUAAGGCACGCAGGUUCAGCCGCCAGAACAACCGCAUUGUGAAGCAGGAGAACUCCAGCAGUGAGGACGACGAUGGGGAGACCCCCAAGCCCUUCUACCAGCUAUUAGCUGAGAAGGCCCAAGUGUCUUUGGGCCUCACCUCACUGCCCACCCCUCACUGCCAGUGAGAGGGGCAGUCCUGCUGGGCUCUGCCACCUGCUUAGCAUUCAGGUCCUCUAACAUUUGUUUCCCCUGGACCUCAGACCCACUGCUGUGGGUCCCCUGCCCAGUGCUCCAGCUUCAGCACCAGAGAGGAAAUGUAUUUACUGACCCAAGGCUCUGUGUUCUGCCUUGCACACAGCCCCGCCCUCUAGCUUGUCCUACAUCUGUUCUUACAGGAUGGGCGCUCUAGAUGAAAUGCAGAGCUUCCCUCUGCCCCCAGAACCACAUGGUCUCAGCCCCAAUCUCACUGCAUCCUUCCCUGUUCUAUGUAAAAUGAA